CCAAGACUUGAUCGGGUUGAUUAUCAAAGUUCUCCUCACCCCUUUUAUGCACAAUUCACCGCAUCCCUCUCUCAUGCCUCUAUCAACCCCCUGCCAUCUAUCUCUUCUCCUCAUUAUCUUUCUCGGCCGCCACCUUCCACCACCAUGCCUGGCGGCAAUGCCAGCACCAGAAUCUUCCGUGAGGCAACUAACCAGAAUAACGGUCAAUAACUCCCACGACAAAAAGUGGCAAAACAUCAACAGGUUCCACAAUUUCCGGAGGAGCAGCGCCCAUUCUCUCCAUGCAACAAAAAACUUCGUUUACUUCCGGGGGAAACCACGAUGGGUGCGCCACUUGCCGGCAACACUAUCGUAUGCCUUCUCUCCGGAUCACAUGAUCCAUUACUUAACUUUGCAGGAUAUAAGGAAGACGUUCAAGCGUGCUUUUGCCAGAUGGGCAUCUGUCAUUCCAUUGAACUUUAUAGAAACCCAUGAUUACGGCUUUGCGGAUAUCAAGAUAGGGUUUUACAGAGGGGACCAUGGCGACGGCGAGCCGUUCGAUGGGGUGUUGGGUAUUCUGGCACACUCGUUUUCCCCAGAGAUAGGGAGGCUUCACCUGGAUGCGGCGGAGACGUGGGCUGUAGAUUUCGACGUGGAGAAAUCGAAGGUAGCAAUUGAUUUGGAAUCGGUGGCAGUGCAUGAGAUCGGGCACUUGUUAGGGUUGGCGCAUUCUCCGGUGAAGGAAGCAGUGAUGUACCCUAGCUUGAAACCUAGAGAAAAGAAAGUGGAUUUAGCAGUUGAUGAUAUUGAAGGAGUGCAAGCUCUGUAUGGAUCAAACCCUAAUUUUACAAUGAAUUCUUUGUUAGAGUCUGAUACUUCAGCAAACGAAGCCGUUGGUAAUUUGAGAUUUGAAUCCUAUAGAUGGACCGUCUUAUUGGGUCUUGUUUUGGCAGCUUGUUUAUGCAUGUAAGGUUUUUGUUUUUUGUUUUGUUUUUCUUGUUUGGAUGUGAGAAUGUUGGUUUUUUUGAUUCCCUGUUCUCCUUUCCAUGAAAAUGAACAACGAAGAAGGGCCAUUAGAUAGGAUUGUAUACGAUCUAUAGAUUUUUUAUUUUUUGGUGAAAUGUUUUACUUUCUUUUUAGAAAUUGUCCUCUUAUAUAUUUUUCAAAUGAAUUUUUUUUUUAUUU